GUGCUUUCCUGGGUAAGGUGCAUUUCCAUACAUAUAAGUCGCACCUGCCUGGCUGGCGCGACAGCUGCUGCAGUCUAUGUAAGGAGUGACGACGAGCUCCUGCUUUUUGUGUCUUUGUUGCAGCUGCCAAUAACCCUCCUUGACUUGCUACUCAAUUUGUUUGGAGACAACAGGUCAGAUGUUGAGACACUCAAACAAAACAAAGAAAGAAAAGUCAGAUUAUAUUCAUACCUACAUGGCGCGCCCAAGCUCCCCCAGGCAACUGAGCAUCAGUACCUUAGAGACCAACACACAGUAAGGUAGGUUGACAUGAGGCAACCAGACAACCAGGGCAGUCACGUCAAUUCAAUGCAAUAGCACCGACGAUGAUGUGCUUCAGAGACGAUGCGGGAAAGGGCAACAGAAAAGCUCUCCCCUCCUCAGCCAUUCAGAGAGCUCCAUGAAGCUCAUCUCUGUUCAGCAUGACGUAGCUACCCCCCUGUCUAGUGGAUUUCCUACGCGGCGCGGUGCGGGUUCGCUGCGGUGUCCGGGCUGUUUGGUGGUGCUUGGCUGGCGGUACGUACCUGGUGCAACGUGCAUAGCGCUGAACAUUAAGGUUGCAGGUCAGUUUGGAGCCUGGACGGUGAAACCAUUACUUUGAUGGGAAAUAUGGGGGACAUGUUUAUGCCAUUCAUGCCAUCAGACUGAGAUAUUUGAAUUGUCGUUUUGGAUUAAAGACGCAAGAUGGCUUCAUUUUCC